UGGUCCAAAUCCUGUGGAGCAAAAUCCUAAAGUUGGACAGACACGGCCACCGCGCGGACACAGCGGACACAGCGCCCCAUUUUAUUGGCUGACAGCGAACGUGACGUCACUUCCUGCGUACGACUUUCCCCGGGAACCCGACUUGGCGCGGACUCUCCUGUUGUUGUGUUGACUUGCGGCCGUCGUGUUGAGCAGCUGUCACUGAGGCAAACGGUAAACGGUGAAAAGUGUAAGUCAUGGCUCCGGUAUCAAACCCAGAGAAAGACGCGGACGGACCGGACGGCGCCGAUGGAGGGGAUCUCUGCGGCCUGGCGAGGUCUCGCUCUAAACGGGAGAAGCGAGAGAAGGUGGGAAGGAAGUCCGCACUGGAGCAGCUUAAGAAAGCCAAGCUGGGGGAGAAGAUCAAAUACGAGGUGGAAGAGUUUACUAGUGUGUAUGAGGAAGUGGACGAGCAGCAGUACUCGAAGAUGGUACGAGACAGACAAGAUGACGACUGGAUCAUUGACGAUGAUGGAACUGGAUACGUGGAGGACGGAAGAGAAAUCUUUGACGAUGAUUUGGACGAUGAUGUAGUUGAAAGCAAAAAAGGAAAAGGUGCUAAAGGAGCAGACUCAAAGAAAAAUAUGAAGAAGUCUGCUGUAGCCAAGCCCAACACCAUCAAGAGCCUCUUCAUGAACAGUAAUGUCAAGAGGCCGGCCGAGAAAGACGUGGACCUGUCCAAAGAUGACCUUUUAGGGGACAUCUUGCAGGACCUGCACUCUGAGAAACCGAGUCUUCUGUCUCCACCGCCAGUGCUCACUCUCAGGAAAAAGAAGUCUCUCGGUGCGCCCAUGAACCCGUUUUCGAUCAAGCCUCAGAUGCCAAAGGAGUCGCCCUCUGCCUCGGGGUUCAAGGCCAAAGUUAUCCGACCCCCACCUUCUGACCCGACGGCCACGUCAUCAGCCCGCCUCCCCGCCCCCGCAGCUGCUCCACCUGUAGAGAAGCAGACGGCAAACGUGGAGGAGAUGGAUGAAGAGAGAGUUGGCGACUCUCUGGCGUUUGACGGGGUGGACUUCGAUGAGCCGAUGGAGGUCGGGCUGGAGGAGGAGACGCCUGAACUUAAAGAUGACGCAGAGCCUUCAGUGAAAGAAACUGCAGUUAAAGUGGAGCCCAAAGCGGAGCCUCAGGACCCGGUAUUAUUGUCCGGUAGGCUCGGGAGCGCGUGGGGACAGGAGGAGGACGGUGGAGUCGACGAGGCUCCGGCAGAGAUACAGGUCGACUCCAGCCAACUCCCGCUGGUGGAGCAAGCAGACGGGGAGAAGGUGUUUCGCUUCUACUGGUUGGAUGCCUUCGAAGACCCCUACAGCCAACCCGGUGUGGUGUACUUGUUUGGGAAGGUGUGGAUCGAGUCUGCGACAUCUCAUGUCAGCUGCUGUGUCACCGUCAAGAACAUCGAGCGGACCUUGUACCUCCUGCCUCGCGAAUACAAAGUGAACACCAAGAGCGGGGAGGUGACAGACUCCCCCGUCGAAAUGAUAGACGUCUACCAGGAGUUUAACGAACUCUCCGAGAAGUUCAGAAUCAUGAAGUUCAAGUCCAAGAAAGUGGAGAAAAGCUACGCUUUUGAAAUUCCAGAUGUGCCCACUCAGUCCGAGUACCUGGAAAUCAGAUAUUCUGCGGACUUCCCUGCCCUCCCUCCUGGCCUUAAGGGGGCAGCCUUUUCCCACAUCUUUGGAACCAACACUUCCAGUCUGGAGCACUUCCUCCUCAGCAGGAAGAUUAAAGGGCCUUGCUGGCUGGACAUCAAGGCGCCCCAGCUGAUCAGCCAGCCGGUCAGCUGGAGUAAAGUAGAGGCUCUCGCCCUGAGGACUGACCUGGUCACUGUGGUCAGAGACCUGCCCCCUCCGCCGAUUACCGUCAUGUCCAUCAGCCUCAAGACCAUCCAGAACCCAAAGACGCACCACAACGAGAUCGUGUCCCUGGCUGCACUCGUACACCACGAGUUCCACAUGGACAAAGCGCCGCCGCGACCUCAGUUCCAAACCCACUUUUGUGUGGUCAGUAAACCGGCGGACUGCAUCUUCCCCUACGACUUCAAAGAGGCCGUGAGGAAGAGGAACGGUAAAGUGGAGAUUGCUUCGACAGAGCGCACUCUGCUCGGCUUCUUCCUGGCCAAGAUGCACAAAAUCGACCCCGACGUGCUGGUGGGUCACGACAUCUUUGGUUUUGACCUGGAGGUGAUUCUGAAGAGGAUCAGCGUGUGCAAGGUUCCCCACUGGUCUAAGAUCGGUCGCCUCAGAAGGGCCACAAUGCCCAAACUGGGGGGUCGCGGAUCCUUUGCAGAGAAGAGCGCGACCUGCGGCCGCCUGGUGUGCGACGUGGAGAUCUCCGCCAAGGAGCUGAUUCGCUGUAAAAGUUACAGUCUGACUGAACUGGCCAGUCGGGUGUUGAAGACGGAGCGAGCCACAGUCCCUCAGGAGAACAUCAAGAAUCUCUACAGCGACUCUCCUCACCUGCUGUACCUGCUGGAGUUGACGUGGACGGACGCCAAGCUGAUCCUCCAGAUGAUGUGUGAGCUCAACGUGCUGCCGCUGGCCCUGCAGAUCACCAACAUCGCUGGCAACGUCAUGUCUCGCACGCUGAUGGGCGGCCGCGCCGAGAGGAACGAGUUCCUGUUGCUCCACGCCUUCCACGACAAAGACUACAUCGUCCCCGACAAGCCCUCCUUCAAAAAGACCCAGCUGGAAACGGUCGAGGGCGAAGACGAGGUGGAUGCAGGGACAGGCAAGCGGAAGAAGAAGGCGGCCUACGCUGGAGGUCUGGUGCUGGAUCCUAAAGUCGGUUUCUACGACAAGUUUGUGCUGCUGCUCGACUUCAACAGCCUGUAUCCAUCAAUCAUCCAGGAGUUCAACAUCUGCUUCACCACUGUCCAGAGGGAGGCUCAAAGCACGCAGAAGAAGAAAGAGGAGGACGGCUUGGAGGAGAUUCCCGAAAUUCCAGAUACAAACCUGGAGAUGGGAAUCCUGCCCAAAGAAAUCAGGAAGCUGGUCGAGCGGCGAAAACAGGUCAAACAGCUGAUGAAGCAGCACGACAUCAACACAGACCUCUACCUGCAGUAUGACAUUCGUCAGAAGGCGCUGAAGCUGACUGCCAACAGUAUGUACGGCUGCCUGGGAUUCAGCUACAGCCGCUUCUAUGCCAAGCCGCUCGCCGCGCUGGUCACACACAAAGGCCGAGAGAUUCUGAUGCACACCAAAGAAAUGGUUCAGAAGAUGAAUCUGGAGGUCAUCUACGGAGAUACCGACUCCAUCAUGAUCAACACCAACAGCAGGUCUCUGGAGGAAGUCUACAAGCUGGGCAACAAGGUGAAGGCCGAAGUGAACAAGCUCUACAAACUGCUGGAGAUCGACAUCGACGGCGUGUUCAAGUCGCUUUUGCUGCUGAAGAAGAAGAAAUAUGCCGCCUUGGUGGUGGAGAACCACGGCGAAGGACGAUACAGCGUCAAGCAGGAGCUCAAGGGCCUGGACAUCGUCCGCAGGGAUUGGUGCGACCUGGCCAAGGAAUGUGGAAACUACGUGAUCGGUCAAAUCCUGUCGGACCAGAGUCGCGACGUCAUCGUGGAGAACAUCCAGAAACACUUGAUGGAGGAGGGCGAGAAAGUAGCAGCCGGAACGAUUCCGCUUAACCAGUUUGAGAUAAACAAGGCUCUGACGAAAGACCCCCAGGACUACCCCGACAAGAAGAGCCUCCCUCACGUCCACGUGGCUCUGUGGAUCAACUCCCAGGGCGGCCGGAGGGUCAAAUCCGGAGACACUGUGUCCUACAUCAUCUGCAAGGACGGCUCCACGCUGGCAGCCAGUCAGAGGGCCUACGCGCUGGAGCAGCUUCAGAAGCAGGAGGGCCUCAGCGUGGACACCCAGUACUACCUCGCCCAGCAGGUCCACCCCGUGGUGUCCCGCAUCUGUGACCCCAUCGAGGGCAUCGACAGCGUGCUCGUCGCCACGUGGCUGGGUCUGGACCCGAGCCACUUCCGUGCUCACCAGCAGUACCAGAGGGAGGAAGAGGCAGACGGCAUGCUGGGAGCUCCGGUCCAGCUGACCGACGAAGAGCGCUACAAAGACUGCGAGAGGUUCACUUUCGCCUGCCCUCAAUGCGGCACUGACAACGUCUACGACGGCGUCUUCGAAGGAGCCGGAUCGAAGCUGGAGCCCAGCUUGAUGCGAUGCUGUCACCUCCCCUGUAGGGGUCAACCCGUCGACUACGGCGUCAACAUCAGCAACAAGCUGCUCCAGGACGUCCGGCGCCACGUCAGAAAAUACUACUCCGGCUGGUUGGUGUGCGAGGACCCGGCCUGCCAGAACAGAACCAGACGUCUGCCCGUUGGCUUCUCGCGCCACGGGCCCAUCUGCCCCGCCUGCACCAGGGCCACCCUCAGACCCGAGUACUCUGAGAAGGCCCUGUACUACCAGCUCUGCUUCUACAGGUUCAUCUUCGACUGGGACCAAGCAGUUGCCAAACUGACAAGUGAUGAGAAAAAUCGCCUGAAACUGUGGCACGAAGACAGAGACGUGUACCGGAGGCUGAAGGAAGUGCCGGACAAAGCCUUGGCCGCCAGCGGCUACUCGGAGAUCAACCUGGCGAAGCUCUUCCAGGCGUUCUCCUCCCUCAAAUGAAACCACAACGCCUGCCGACGUCUGACUCGAAGCGGGACAUUUGCACGUUCAUCUACAUCUGUCCGCACUAUUGCAGUUUCCUUUCUUUCUUUUUUUACAGACCUGUAGCCGGUAAUGGGCUUGUUAUUUGACUCAAAACCCCAUCACGCUGUUCCCUCUCUGCAGUUUCUCCAUAUAGGCACAAAUGAUUUGACCCCAUCACAAUGGCCCUGUAUGGCAAAGGGGAGUAGCAAUCAUACUUAAAUGACAGUCCAUUGUGCGUGCGUGUGUGUGUGUAUGUGUGUGUGAGAGAGAAUGACUUCUUCUCAGAGAAGCCAGUAUACUCCAAAAGCUGCUAAUUAGCCAAUGAUAGUGACCCGUCCACUAAGACCACUGGAUGCCUGCAGCGAUCGGACACUUGUUCUGAUUACCACCAUUCAGCCUGAGUGUGUGUGCGCGUGCUUGCGUGUGUGUGUGUUUGUGUGUCAGAUCAGAUGAAAGAAAGCGGUGAGGAGGAUGCGAGGGGUGAGGAGGUGAGCAAGGCCACACGCGCUGCUCCCUCACUCUUUUGUCUGCGUAUCAAACAGCUGAUCUCCUUCUCCUCCACUGCCUCUGUUUAACUGAUACCAUUUCAUUCCCCUUCUUCCGUGUGUGUUUUUAAUGCCUGUAAUUUCCUACGUGUCCGACUUGUAUUUCUCAAGUUGGUGCGCUGUAAAGAUUUUUUUGUAGUUGUUGUAAUGAUCAGAGUAUUUUGUAAUUGGCAUUUUGAUAUUGAUGAGAACGUUUUUUGUUUGUUUUUUCUAUACGGCAACUUUAAUAAAAAAGAUAAAUGGA